UUUUUUUUAAGAAGGGUCUCAUGCUCAUUAAGGCUGCAUGUAUUUCAUGAUCAAAAAUGCAAUAAUAUUGUGAAGUGUUAUUACAAUUUAAAAUAAUGGCUUUCGAUUUUAAUAUACUUUAAAUAUAAUUUAUUCCUGUGGUGGCAAAGCUGAAUUUUCAUUAGCCACUACUACAGUCUUCAGUAUCACAUGAUCUUUUAGAAAUCAUUCUAAUAUGCUGAUUUAUUAUUAAUGUUGGAAACGGUUGUGCAGUGUGUUUUUUUUUUCUUCUCAGGAUUCUAUGAUGAAUAAAAAAUUCAAAAAAACAGAAUUUAUUCAAAAUGGAAAUCUUUUUAACAACAUACAUCUUUAUCAAUUUAACGUAUCCUUUCUAAAUAAAAAAUAUGAAUUUCUUAUCAUACUGACCCUAAACUUUUGAACAGUAGAACAACAUGACAUGAAGACUCCAGUAAAAGCUGCUUUAUUUUACAUGGAGCAGGUUGCACUGUGAAGGCCGUCAUGUUGAUAUCUAAUUUCUACAAUGGUGUUCUUAACAGAUGCUACAUUUGUGCUGAUGAGUGUCAGCGCAAAAGAAUAACUAAAAUAAUUGAAAGAAUAAAAGUGAUUUAUAAUAAAAAAAUAUAUAUAUUUAUCAUUAAAAUCAUUCAUUAUUUUGUACAAUUACUAUAGCAAUUAUUUUAUUAAUUUUAUUUAGUCACACAUUGGGAUGUAUUCAAGUGCCAUUAAAGAUUAUGAUAUGGUUAAAUUGGCUCAUUUAGCAACAUUGAGCAGCAACCCCCCCAAUCAAGGCAUGUUUAGUUGUUUAAGGUCAAGAUGGAUUACCAGGAACCUACAGACCAACAGAAAGCUCUGGUGUAGCCAACCAGGACAUUCAUUUGAAGUGAAGAAGUCUACACCUGUGAACUUUUAUGUUGCCGAGACCUUGAGAUCAAUGGAGCUAUUACAUGCAUGAAUGCCUCUCAGCUCUGGGUGUGACGUGCUUUAUACAACUCCCGUCUGGCCGGUCCUACUUGCUGCUCUCAGUAUAAAUGAAUUAACCAUGUGUUUGCUUGUCCCAUUUGAAGAAGAAACGGGAUAGAAUGUUAAAGUGGAAAUAGGUGGCAAACCCUGAUUUAGUUCAGCACAACUCAUUGAAAAGGUGUGUUCACACUGACUGCUAUUUGCAGCAACGCGACAGCAUGUUCCAUGGGCAGCAGCACUAGCAGUCUCUACAGUGCCCUGGCUAAGACUGUCAGCAGACCUGCUCUCCCUCACCCGUGUGACUCCACUUACAAUCCAAGUAACGAUCUGGAUCUGGAUCAAGACCCGGCGGACCCUUUGGAGCUGUUGCGGGAAUGUAGAGAUGUUUUGAGAAACCGGCCAGCCCAGCUGCAGAGAGCUUUCGUUCAGACUGGGCAUGGAGACGGCAGGCAGACGAUCAGAGUUAUGCAGUGGAAUGUACUUGCACAAGCAUUAGGUGAAGGCAUGGACAGUUUUGUGCAGUGUCCCAUGGAUGCUCUAAACUGGUCUGAAAGGAAGUAUUUGAUCCUGCAGGAGAUCCUAACCUACAGACCUGACAUCAUUUGCCUACAGGAAGUUGAUCACUACUUUGACAUGUUUCAGCCUGUCUUGGCAAGUUUGGGUUACCAGAGCAGUUUCUGCCCCAAACCGUGGUCUCCAUGUUUGGAUGUGGAGAACAACAAUGGUCCAGACGGCUGUGCUCUGUUUUUCAAUCACAAACGCUUCCAGUCACUAAACACAACACACCUACGACUGUCCGCCAUGAUGUUGAAGACCAAUCAGGUGGCGAUCAUCGCAACUCUACGCUGCCGAGCAACAGAACAUGCCUUUUGUGUUGCGGUGACGCACCUGAAGGCACGGAGUGGUUGGGAGGUCCUACGCAGCGCGCAGGGCUCGGAUCUGCUACGGAACCUACAAAAUGUUGCACAGAGAAUCGAGACCGAAGAAAAAACAGACACCGACGUUCCUCUGAUCGUAUGUGGCGAUUUUAAUGCCGAGCCGUCAGAAGACGUCUAUAGGAAUUUCGCAACAUCUAGUCUGGGAUUGGACAGUGCAUAUAAGCAUUUGAGUACAGAUGGGAAAACCGAGCCUCCUUACACAACGUGGAAGAUCCGGCCCAGUGGCGAGAGCUGCCACACGCUGGAUUAUGUGUGGUAUUCGCACAGAGCGUUUGAUGUUAAUGCGGUUCUGGACUUGCCUACAGCCGAACAAAUUGGACCCAAUAGGCUUCCUUCCUAUAACUACGCUUCAGAUCACCUCUCGCUCGUCUGUGACUUCAGCUUUAAGGAGCCAACGCUUGUUCCCCAAUAAUUACAGACGUGCUAGUUAUUUCCCAAAAGACAAUUACCACAAGUCGAGACUUGUGUUGGCACAGUAUUUCAACAUAUUUUGCAUUGUUCAUGACCUAAUUAAUGGUUCAGUCAGUUUAUUCCGAAAGGAACACAGAAAUGAAAAUGCUGUCUUCAUUUACUCACCUCUGUUUCACUUUCUUUAAAGAUUUAUUUUCAUCUUCAUAGACAAUCCAGUGCAAUAAAACCUUCACGAAGCAUGCAAAUCACUGUCACAGUAGUCUGUACAGUACAAAGUACAGUUUGUUCAUACAAUACGACAGCUUUGUGUGAAAUCCAAAGUGUUGCCUCAAGACUUGUCACAUCAGGUUUGACAUUAAUAGACUUUAGGGAGCUACAAUGGAUGGAUUAUUUUCAAGAAGUAACUUAAAUAGCAGUCUGUUCUUCACACAAAGCUAUAGCAUGGCUUAAGAAAUAUAAUCAUACUAGAGCUGCACGAUUAAUCAUUAAAAGAUCGCGAUCUCGAUUCAAACACCCAUGCAAUCCAAUUUUUAAAUGACAGAAAUUCACCCGUGUCUGUUAAACCUUUGAAAAAAAUCAUACUGGAUCAUUCAGAUCUGUGUGAUUUAAAUCUUCGCUGCAGAGCAAUAAUAUUUUGUCACAUUAUUUUGUUUAGUUCAGAAUCGUGGGAGGAUCGUGAACUCUAUUUGAGACAAAAAAUCGUGGUUCUCAAUUUAUCCAGAAUCUUGCAGCUCUAAAUCAUACUAUAGUCAUGUGGACUAUUCCUGUGGAGCUCACCGUCGUUGUUUUAUGGAAAAGAGCAGCUUGGACAUUAGCUUAAAUAUCUCCUUUAGUGUUCCACAGAGGAAAGUAAGUCAUAAAGGUUUGGAAAGACAUAAGGGUGAGUAAAUGCUAGCACAAUAUUCAGUUUUGUGUGAUGUUAUUCCUUUUAAGCUCUUGUAUGUUCCUGACUUUGAGAAUGUAUGUUUAAAAGCAAAAUGUUACUUUUUUUUAUUCCUAAUAUAUGACAAAAAAAAAAAAAUCAUGCUGGGAAUAUUUUUUUGUUCUCAUUGUUGGUAAUAUCAUGACCGUGUGCACAAAUAAAACUGUUGCAUUGUGGUAUUUCAUAUUGAUGAAAAUAAAGCAUGUUUGGGAGGGUAUCAAAUUCUGCAUAUAAUGUAACAGUCUUUUUUCACUUCUCUUAUUAAUGAAUCAUUUCCUUUGUGGAACAUCCUCACAAUGGUCAUUUCACAGCUAGUUUCACCAGAGUCUACAUAAUUAAUUUCAGACAGUUAAACUAUCAGUACCUGUCACCUGAGCUCUUAAUUGUAUAGUCAUGCAUUAUUACUUCCUGUAGGGUUAAACAAUUUUAUGAGCUAAUUAUAAAUUG